UUAUAAAGAGCGCCACGAGUCGGUAUUGUCAGGCGGCGGCGCUGCGCGGGCCCGAGCGAGUCUUUUGGUCGGUGGGUUCCGUGCAGCGGUGGUCGAGAAGGAGCGCGCGAGGUUGCGGCGGCUCCGUCGGCGGAGGGAGGGGAGGCCGGGCAGCGCGAGUUUGAGCGCGGCCGAGCCCGCGGCACCUUCCCGGCGGGUGGGGACGAACGGGCCUCGCGGCCUCACCGGCGGCGAGGAGCCGCUGCGCCCCGGUCUAACAUGUCGGAAGCGGGUGAGGAGCAGCUAAUGGAGACGACGGGCGCCACCGAGAAUGGGCACGAGGCCGCCCCCGAAGGCGAGUCGCCGGCUGGGCCUGGCACCGGGGCCGCGGCAGGCACUGGAGGCGGGAGCACGGCGCCCCCGGCCGUCAACCAGACCAGCGCCGAGGGCGACCAGAUCAACGCCAGCAGAACCGAGGACGACGCGGGAAAAAUGUUCGUUGGUGGCCUGAGCUGGGAUACCAGCAAAAACGACCUGAAGGAUUAUUUUUCCAAAUUUGGAGAGGUCGUUGACUGUACAAUAAAAAUGGAUCCCAAUACUGGCCGGUCAAGAGGGUUUGGGUUUAUUCUCUUCAAAGAUGCAGCCAGUGUGGAGAAGGUCCUAGAUCAGAAGGAGCACAGGCUGGAUGGUCGUGUCAUUGACCCCAAAAAAGCCAUGGCCAUGAAGAAGGAACCCGUAAAGAAAAUUUUUGUGGGGGGUCUGAAUCCUGAAGCCACUGAGGAGGAAAUCAGAGAGUACUUCGGGGAGUUUGGGGAGAUCGAGGCCAUUGAUCUCCCAAUGGAUCCAAAGUCGCACAAAAGACGGGGCUUUGUUUUCAUCACCUUUAAAGAAGAGGAGGAACCUGUGAGGAAGGCUCUAGAGAAAAAGUUCCACACCAUUGGUGCAAGUAAGUGUGAAAUCAAGGUGGCUCUGCCCAGAAAGCUCUAUCAACAGCAGCAAGGCACCGGCCGCGGUGGAAACCGCAGCCGAGCAAGCCGAAGCAGUGGUGGUGGCGGUGGAAGUGGAGGAGGUCAGAGUCAGAGUUGGAAUCAGGGCUACGGCAACUACUGGAACCAGGGCUACGGCUACCAGCAGGGCUACGGGCCCGGCUAUGGCGGCUACGACUACUCGCCCUAUGGCUAUUACGGCUACGGCCCCGGCUACGACUACAGACCGUGAGCCUACACUCAAGGUACCCCCUCCUGGUUCGCAGCACCUCAUGUCCGGUGGCAAGAGGCCGUGGGGGUUCCAGGUGAGCGGAGCCCAGUAAAGGGGGUUUGGCUUCCCCUCGCUCCUAAAAGGAACUAGUGGACGCUUGGCUUGCUGAGGAGCACAGGAGCCGCAGCCGAUGCUCGGGAGCCCCGCCGUGGCCCACUCACCUAGAGGAGGACAUGGCUCAGCAGGACUGUCACCGGGCCGGGACCUCAGCGUCUCACAGCUUCGCACUUUUUCUUCCAUGUCUGAAAGAGACCCCCGAGCCACCCAAAGUGGUUAGCUCUUCUGCUGAAGGCCCCUGCCGCCUUCAGCGUCCCAAGCUUCUUGGAUGGCAGUGUGGAGGUUGGGCCCACCAAACAAGCCCCUGACCCCCACCCUUUUCCUGUGUGUCUGUGACAGCAGCUACACGGGUCAGCAACAGUUUCCCCAAAGGAGAGCACCAACCCUCAUGUUUCCCGAGACUUCAGAUUCAACUGGAGGCUACUCUGUAUAGGAAACCUAAACUAGCCCUGUGCCUGACCUCACCCGGGUGUUGCACCACUUCCGGUUGUAUCCAGUAGAGGUUGGCCCUUAGCUCCAGAGCCCUGGGGACAGCAGUGGAACAGCCCAGAGACGGAGGGCAGAGGGGCUGCUCCGAUCUCCAGAAGGGACGUUGCCUGAUUUGGGCUGCCCCUCAGGACAUGGCAUGCACAGCCUCAGUUCGUGGACAUGUCUGAUUUGUUAGAGGUUUCCUUGUAAGGAUUUCUGGGAGCCUGAGUUGACCUUGAUGUUCCUAGGUGGUUGGGAAUGCGGGGAGGAACUUUGUGUUCAACCUGUGCACGUUUCAGCCACCGUAGCUGAUGGUGAGACCUUUAGCUCAACUAAAGCAUAAAGCCUCUGCUAUCUAUGUUUUGCAGUGGCUUUUAGGCCACUUGAGCAAGGUGUAGUCCUGAUGGCUGGGCUGAUGAGCUGAGCCUUGGUUUCCAUUGUCUUGCAUCCCACUCAGGAGCCAGCUGGGGGAGGGGUGCUGGCCCAGCUCCCACCUGCCCAGGACUGGGAAAAGCCCCUCCAGGCACAGGCAGGACUGGGCCAACAGGGCGUCUCCACUUCAGCCCCUUGCUCUGCACUGUCUGUGGGACACCUGGCCCAGCCACGGAGCCCCUCCCUGGUCAUGCUGGAAGGUUCUAGUUGCUGGCUUCAGGGUGGGAUCUACAGACGUCAUCCGCUGUCCCUUGGGCUUCAGGCUCACCUGUUAG